AAUAAAGAUUUGUUUUCCAUAGGAAAUCUCCAGAARUUGUCACUAGAGAGACAACUAAUAUAUAUGCGACAUCAGAUUGCAGUCCUGAGGAGAUGGCAGUUCAAAUGCAACAUGCAAAGAACCAAGAAGCGGCUGAUCCUUUAGUGGACAGUUUUGAUGGCAUGUCUGACAUGUCUAGCGACAGUGAUAAUGCACAGCCCACCAAUGAGGAUACCAAUGAGGGUCAUGAGGAACCAAAGAAGCAAUCCCAACCCGCUCUAACAAAACCAAAACCAUCAAAGAAGAGGAAGUCGGGAAAAAAGACAAAACUAGAUSAGCUUAUGGAACAGGCAACAAAGAUGAUGGACGAAGCAGGGAAAGCGUCGAGGACACACAGAAAAUACCUAAAGAAUAUGGCUGCUGACAAAGGUUUUGACAUCAGUAGUGACAGUGGCUAGUGUAACACUGAAACACUAUUUAUC